AGACCAAGAUAUUUUCUUUGUGCUCAUAAUUAUUCUAGCUUUUACAAUGUAAUGGAAUAACCUUAUGAAUAACAGUUUUAUUGCAUAACAAAGUUUGUGAAAGUUCCAUACACUUUCAAGUGGCUCACAUUUUGACAAUUUGCGAGGUACGAUUUGACUUGAGAAUAUUAGCUUCUCAAGCAGGACGCAGGGUGGCGCUGCGGGUUAAGAUUGGGAAUAAAAGCCCUAAAAAGCUCACGUAUUCCUUCGUCACAAUACGGAAUUAAAAAUACACGGAAGAAGCUGUUGCCAGCUGUACUGGGUUACCAACGACUUUGUGCAGCGAUAUACUAAGCGAAUUUAUGAUUAAAAGCAACUUUGAACGGAUAGAAAACCAGAAAUAUCUCUAGCCUUUGUUGUGGUUGCUGAAGGGACUGGAUGUAAGCACCUCGGCUCCAACAUGGAGGCACCUGAGAAAAUUCAACCAAACAGGCAAGUGAUCUUCCUUUUUAUGGUGGUGUUCUUGUCUCAAGCUGACCCAGAGCCUAUUUGCUAUUCUGUGCUGGAAGAAACAGAGAGCGGCUCCUUUGUAGCCCAUUUAACCAAGGAGCUGGGCUUGGGAGUUGGGGAGCUGGCUGCCAGGUCAGCCAGGGUGGUGUCUGACAAUGACAAGCUUGGCUUGCAGCUGGAUCGUCAGACUGGAGAUUUGCUUCUGAGGGAGAAACUAGACCGGGAAGAGCUAUGUGGUCCCACUGAACCUUGUAUAAUGCAUUUCCAAGUGUUCCUGGAAACACCCGUGCAAUUUUUUGAAGGAGAAUUAUCAAUCCAGGACAUAAAUGACCUCCCAGUAUUUCCGACAAAGGAAAUGCUCUUGAAAAUACCAGAAAACAGCCCUCCUGGGACUCUGUUUCCACUGACGUUAGCUCAGGAUCUGGAUGUGGGCAGCAAUGGUCUUCAAAAAUAUACUAUCAGUCCCAAUUCUCAUUUUCAUGUUCUCACUCAAAAUCAGAGCGAGGGCAAGAAAUAUCCAGCCUUGGUGCAGGACAAAGAGCUGGAUAGAGAGGAGCAGGCUGAGUUUAGUUUAACUCUCAUGGCUGUGGAUGGCGGGUCUCCACCCAGGUCUGGCACCAUCACUGUGCAAAUUCAGGUCAUGGAUGUCAAUGACAAUUCCCCUGAAUUUUUGCACACCCCAUAUGAGGUGCAGGUCUUGGAAAACAGCCCCCUAGGCUCUCCAAUACUUACUGUCUUAGCUAGGGAUAUAGAUACCGGAAACUUCGGAAGUGUUUCUUAUGGUUUGUUUCAAGCAUCAGAUGAAAUUAAACAAACUUUCUCCAUAAAUGAAGUUACAGGAGAAAUCACACUGACAAAGAAAUUGGAUUUUGAACAAAUUAAAACUUACCAUGUGCAAAUUGAGGCUACAGAUGGAGGAGGCCUUUCUGGAAAAGGCACUGUAGUCAUAGAGGUGGUGGAUGUAAAUGACAACACCCCUGAACUGAUCAUAUCUUCACUCACUGACUCCAUCCCAGAAAAUGCUCCUGAGACGGUAGUCGCCAUCUUCCGAAUUAGAGACAGGGACUCUGGAGACAAUGGAAAGAUGACCUGCUCCAUUCCAGAUAACCUGCCAUUCAUUCUAAAACCAACUUUCAAGAAUUUCUACACCCUGGAAACAGAGAGACCGCUGGACAGAGAAAGGCAGGCCGAGUACAACAUCACGAUCAGGGUCACGGACUUGGGGACCCCCAGGCUGAGGACCCAGCACCACAUCACCGUGCUGGUGUCCGACGUGAACGACAACGCCCCCGCCUUCAGCCAGAGCGCCUACACGCUGCUGGUGCGCGAGAACAACAGCCCCGCGCUGCACAUCGGCAGCGUGCGCGCCACCGACGCCGACGCGGGCUCCAACGCGCAGCUCACCUACUCGCUGCUGCCCGCCGGCCGCGCGCACCCGCCGCCCGCCGCGCUCGUGGCCGUCAACGCCGACACCGGCCAGCUGUUCGCGCUGCGCUCGCUCGACUACGAGGCGCUGCGCGCCUUCGACUUCCUGGUGGGCGCCACGGACCGCGGCUCGCCCGCGCUCAGCGGCCAGGCGCGGGUGCGCGUCGUGGUGCAGGACGCCAACGACAACGCGCCCUCCGUGCUCUACCCGCCGCCCAACGCCUCGGCGCCCUGCCCCGAGCUGGUGCCGCGCGCGGCCGACGCGGGCUACCUGGUCACCAAGGUGGUGGCGGUGGACGGCGACGCGGGCCAGAACGCCUGGCUGUCGUUCCAGCUGCUCAGGGCCACGGAGCCCGGGCUGUUCGGCGUGUGGGCGCACAACGGCGAGGUGCGCACCGCCAGGCCGCUGGGCGAGCGCGACGCGCCCAAGCACCGGCUGGUCGUGCUGGUCAAGGACAACGGCGAGCCGCCGCUGUCGGCCAGCGUCACGCUGCACGUGCUGCUGGUCGACGGCUUCUCGCAGCCCUACCUGCCGCCGCCCGACGCGCCGCCGCCCGCCGCGCAGGCCGACCGCCUCACCGCGUCCCUGGUGGUGGCGCUGGCCGCCGUGUCGUCGCUCUUCCUCCUGUGCGCGCUCGCCUUCGCGGCCGCGCGCCUGUGCGGGAGGCGCGGGGCCGGCGCGCGCGCGGGCUCGCUGGGGCCCGACGGCCCCUUCCCGGGCCGCCUGGUGGACGUGGGCGGCGCCGGGACGCUGUCCCACAGCUACCAGUAUGAGGUGUGCCUGACGGGGGAACCCAGGACUGGUGAGUUCAAAUUCCUGAAGCCAAUAUUCCCCAACCUUUUGGAUACUGAGAGUGAAAAUAAGGAAAACCCCAAUUGCAGGAAUAGUUUUGUAUUCACUUAAAUUCUGUAUUUUUGCCAAGUGACCUUCUUAAUUUUGGUAAACUCCUUUGCAUUGUCUUUCUUUUAAGAAAUUGUACUGUUGUGAAUGUAUGUCUACUGUAAACCCAUACAUGUCUCUAAUCACACUUUCUUCCUUUUUAAUAUGUAUUACACUUAGCAUUUUUUUAGUUGUACAGGAUAUUGAGUAUUUUCUUCUUAUUUGACUUUUUCUUGGUUAGUAACCAUUCCAUAACUACAAUUUACCCAAGUAGUAUAAGAAGGAAUUUUAAAACCAACUUCUUGAUUAGUUAUUGUAUCUUUAGAAGUAUUUUAAAGCUUUUAUGUAAUCUGCAUUGCUGUAUAUUGUGGUGCUUGUCUUUACCAGAUAGCUUCAUCUCUGCAAGGCCAGAGUGAUUCUUAUAGCCAUCUAGGAUUUCUUGUUGACUUCCCGUCCAGGCUUUGCCCCUGAACGUAUUUGUUUCUCCCAAAUUAUACAUAAACAUGCUUAUGUACAUAUUGAUACAAUAUUGUGAUCUCCCAUGGUGAGUGUCAUUUAUGCUAGAGAUUGUAUUAUUUACUUGGCUAUUAUAUACCCAGAAUAGAGUAAGUACUUCAUUAAUAAUAAAAUUAAAAUUUUACAUUAUUCUCAUUUAUAAAUAAUAAUGAAAAAAGUCUUUAUUUAAUUUCAUAUUUAAUAAAACCAGGUCGUUGUUUGGUAAUAAUCCUUUUAAAAAUCUCAUAACUUUAAACCUUUAUGAAGGUUUAAAGACUCUGGAGAGUAUCAUAUACUCCCUUGUCCUUCCUUCUUCCCUAGAAAUAUAAGUUCAAGUGUAGUUUAAUGUACAUAUUUCUCUUGCUCUUCCUGUAGCCUCCCUCAUCUUUCAAAGGCAAUCAGAGAAAAUCUUAUGAAUUUUGGUUAUCCUAUCAAGUUUGAUUUUCAUAUCAAGUUUUCACUCAAAAUUAUUUUGUAAACAUGGACAGCCAUUAUCAAUAAAUAACUUAGU